GCCCCGUGUUUGCAGGAGGUGGGAGGCGCGUUUGAAUCCUUCCCAGACGGGAUGUUCUUCUAUGCAGCCAAGUGAAUGAGAGUGUCUUUCCGGAGUCAGAGGCAACCCAAGAGAAAGGGGAAGGAGAUGGAAGAGAAGGACCCCGAAGGGCUUGGAAUUGGGAAGAUACCAAGGAAAGGUCUCCAUCCCCUCCAAGCAGGGAGUGGUGCUGAAUUUUGGGGGAGAGAGAUCAUGGUUCAGAAUCCUGUGACCGCAGAUGAACGCAGCCGAUGCUUCCGGCAGUUCAGUUACCAGGAGGCUGAUGGGCCCCGAGAGGUUUGCAGCCGGCUCCACGGACUUUGUAAGGACUGGCUGGAGCCAGAGAGGCGCACCAAGAAGGAGAUGGUGGACCUGGUGAUCCUGGAGCAGUUCCUGGCCAUCCUGCCGCAGGAAGUGCAGGGCUGGGUGAGAGGAUGCGGGCCAGAGACCAGUUCCCAGGCAGUGGCCCUGGCCGAAGGUUUCCUCCUGAGUCAGGCAGAGGAGAAGAGGCAGGCGCAGCAGAUGUGGGGGGGAUCCUUGAAGGUGGAAGAAAGCUUCUCAGAGGUGGAAGGAGCUCCAUCAGAGGGUCAGAGUGCGCAGACCCAGGAACGUGCCCAAGAUGCCGCAUCAAGUGGCAGCGAAGAGACGUUAUUGAGCCCUUUUCUUUGCAGAGAAGUGGAAACGCCUCCUCAGCCUCUGGUCCAGUCUCCAUUUUCCUUUGAGGAGGUGGCCAUGAAUUUCUCCGUGGCGGAGUGGGGCCUGCUGGAUCUGGACCAAAAAGCCCUCUACAGAGAAGUCAUGCUGGAGAGCUGUGGAAACGUGGCUUUUCUGGCAUCAGAUGUAGAGGAGACUCAGAAGACAUUCAGUCGGAGUGAUGAUCUUCAAAAUCAUCUAAGAACCCACACAGGGGGGAAGCCUUUUGAAUGCUCAGAAUGUGGGAAGAGGUUUAGAGACAGGAGAAAUCUUCUACAGCAUGAAAGAACCCACCCAGGGGAGAAGCCUUUUGAAUGCUCAGACUGUGGGAAGAGAUUUAUUCACAAUAGUGCUCUUCAACAGCAUCGAAGAAUCCACACGGGGGAGAAGCCUUUUGAAUGCUCAGACUGUGGGAGGAGGUUCAGUCAGAGUGGCCAUCUUCAAAGACAUCUAAGAACCCACACGGGGGAGAAGCCUUUUGAAUGCUCAGAGUGCGGGAGGAGAUUCAGCCAAAAUCGUAAUCUUCAAAGUCAUCUAAGAACGCACACAGGGGAGAAGCCUUUUGAUUGCUCAGUGUGUGCGAAGAGAUUCACUGGAAGAAGCCAUCUUAAGUAUCAUCUAAGAACCCACACAGGGGAAAAGCCCUUUGAAUGCUCAGUGUGUGGGAAGAGAUUCAGUCACAAUGCUGCUCUUCAAUGUCAUCAAAGAACCCACACGGGGGAGAAGCCUUUUGAAUGCUCAGACUGUGGGAAGAGGUUCAGUCAGAGUGGCCAUCUUCAAAGACAUCUAAGAACCCACACGGGGGAGAAGCCUUUUGAAUGCCCAGAGUGUGGGAGGAGAUUCAGCCAAAAUCGUGGUCUUCAAAGUCAUCUAAGAACCCACACGGGGGAGAAGCCUUUUGAAUGCUCAGAGUGCGGGAGGAGAUUCAGCCAAAAUCAUGCUCUUCAAAGUCAUCUAAGAACCCACACGGGGGAGAAGCCUUUUGAAUGCUCAGUGUGUGCGAAGAGAUUCACUGGAAGAAGCCAUCUUGAGUAUCAUCUAAGAACCCACACAGGGGAAAAGCCCUUUGAAUGCUCAGUGUGUGGGAAGAGAUUCAGUCACAAUGCUGCUCUCCAAUGUCAUCGAAGAACCCACACGGGGGAGAAGCCUUUUGAAUGCUCAGACUGUGGGAAGAGGUUCAGUCAGAGUGGCCAUCUUCAAAGACAUCUAAGAACCCACACGGGGGAGAAGCCUUUUGAAUGCCCAGAGUGUGGGAGGAGAUUCAGCCAAAAUCGUGCUCUUCAAAGUCAUCUAAGAACCCACACGGGGGAGAAGCCUUUUGAAUGCUCAUUGUGCGGGAGGAGAUUCAGCCAAAAUCAUGCUCUUCAAAGUCAUCUAAGAACCCACACGGGGGAGAAGCCUUUUGAAUGCUCAGUGUGUGCGAAGAGAUUCACUGGAAGAAGCCAUCUUGAGUAUCAUCUAAGAACCCACACAGGGGAAAAGCCCUUUGAAUGCUCAGUGUGUGGGAAGAGAUUCAGUCACAAUGCUGCUCUUCAAUGUCAUCGAAGAACCCACACGGGGGAGAAGCCUUUUGAAUGCUCAGACUGUGGGAAGAGGUUCAGUCAGAGUGGCCAUCUUCAAAGACAUCUAAGAACCCACACGGGGGAGAAGCCUUUUGAAUGCCCAGAGUGUGGGAGGAGAUUCAGCCAAAAUCGUGCUCUUCAAAGUCAUCUAAGAACCCACGCAGGGGAGAAGCCUUUUGAAUGCUCUGGGUGUGGAAAGAGAUUUAGUAACAGGAACAAUCUUCAAAGACAUCGAAGAAUCCACACAGGGCAUAAAGUUUUGGAGAAGAAAGAGAUUCAGUCAGUGUAGUUGUCUUCAACAUCAUCUAAGAACCCACAAGGGGGAAAAACCAUGUCACUUCUUAGCCUAAAGGUGUUGAACUAUUUUUUUACACUGAUCUGACAGAAAUUUUACUUUUUUGGGCCAUGUAUGCCCUACAGUGUAAUGCCAGGUACCAGUGAUAUUAACUUUAGAAAGAACAUAAAGGUAGUCCCCUGUGCAAGCACCAGUCGUUUCCAAGUGUGAGGUGACGUUGCAUCAUGAUGGUUUUAUAGCAGAUUUUACGGGGUGGUUUUCCAUUGCCUUCUCCAGUCAUCUACACAUUCCCCCCAGCAAGCUGGGUACUCAUUUUACCGACCUCGGAAGGAUGGAAGGCUGUGUCAGCCUUGAGCUGUCUACCUAAACCCAGCUUCCACCGGGAUUGAACUCAGGUCGUAAGCAGAGCUUGGACUGCAACCCAAUUAACAAUAUUAUUUUUUACUUAAUAUACAAACAUACUUAUUGAA